AGUGCUCCGCAGAUCAAGAGUUCAAGACCAAACCGGUCCAGGCCACGCCACUCCUCCCCAUUUCCGAGUUCCGACCAACCACCCCACGCACGCAUUCCUUCCCCGACGGCCGCUCCGGUCUCACCACCAUGGCUUCCGCCUACGCCUCGCCGCGCACCACGCAGGAGCUCCUCGACGCCCUCACCGCGCACCUCUCCCUCUACCACGCCGCGAGCCCUAGCCCCGCCCCGUCCUCCUCCUCGUCCCCGCGCGCCGCUAUCCUCCGGUGGCUCGCCUCCCUGCCCCCCGCCGCGCGCGCCGCGGCCGCCACCUCCCUCCUCUCUCCCGUCGCGGCCGCCGCGCUGCUCUCCAUGCUCCGCCGCCUCCGCCUCCGGGGCCACUCCUCCUUCUUCGUCCUCCACCCCUCCUCCUCGCGCGAGGACGGCCCCACCGUGCUCUCACGCCUUUCCCGCGGCCUCUUAGCCCGCGCCGCCGCGCGCUCCCGUGCGCACGCGCUCCUCUUCUCCAACAUCCUCCUCUUCCCCUCGUCCCCUGCGUCUUCGCGGAGCCCCGACGCGAUCACCGUCGCCGAGGCCCUCCUCGCCGACCUCGAUGCCUUCGUGGCGGCCAUGGACGAGAUCUCCGGCGGGAGGUUCCUCUGCUGCGGGGAAGGGGAGGUGGACCUGGCCACGCUGGCGUGCGAGGAUUUCCCCGAGCUUCCCUGGCUGAAUGCGAAGGGGUACUACGUGAUCGUGGAGUUUGUGGCCAACAGGGUGGAAAUCGCGCUGCGGAUGGUGUGGGCGGCGGCAGGGGGAGGUGGAGGGAGGAAGACAGCGAGGGUUGGGAACGGUGUGAAGGAGAAGGCUGGGUUGGCUGCAAACGCGUUCUGGAGGGAGAAGGGUUAUGUGGAUUGGUGGAUGAAGCUGGAGCCUCGGGUGAGAGCAAGGAUCAUGGGGGCAUUCUUCGGGAAAGGUGCAAUGGCGCUGGCUAAUGAGAUUGUUGAAGGAUCAGAUAUUGCUUCAAGCGACAAAUUCUGCUUCUGCCUUGGUGAACCAGGAUUGUUUAUUGCAGACACUUCUUGUGAACAUACAAGGCAGUCCUUUUUCAGGAAGAAUCGACCUGUUUCCAUUGAUGCUGCAAACAUUCUGUCUUGUAAGAAGAAGCCUAUAUUUGCUAAAGAGUUGAAAAGACUGCAAUUAGUUCUGGAGAUAGUGUGUUUGAAGAGCAACAUUAUUUGCUGUGGUGGUGAUGCAAUCUUUUUCACUUCAUUAGCGUCGGCAUGCACUGUUCCUGGUGAUAUACUGAUGAAAUUAUGCGGGCUCCUCAUGGUGGUGUCGACGGAAAGCAUAAAUCUCGAACUUAUUGGGGAUGGAGCAUCAGAGGCUUCAAAAAAGGACGUUGAAAAGACCAGUGGAGGUACUCGGAAAGGAAAGAAGAAGUCUAACAGCUCAAAAAAGUUAACAGCAUCGUCUAAACAAUCCAAGGACAAUGGAUGCAGUAGUUCAGAAACUCGCAAUUGUAGGGUUUUACCAAACCAGUGCGCUCCAUCUGUUGGACCUGCUUCUGAAGAAAUUCCUUGCAGGGAAAUUGCACCAACAAUAAAGGUGGGGCAAACUGUUCGGUUGGAUGACUGCAAGAAUCAAUGUAACAAAAAGAAGAACAAGAGGAAAGGGAAAACAAAACUAUCAAAUCUGAUGAGACCUGAGAACCCAGGAUCUAGCAAGUUGAAGGCAGUUGUUCCUCAUGCUGCUAGAGAAGCCUUACAUAAACCUAUUGAAGAAGUUGAUGUCUCACCUCAUCUCCCAUCUCAUGCCCAUCCUUCCCAGAUCGAGAUCCCUGAAGCAGUUAGUUGUUCUGACUCUUCCAUUUUACUUAAUGGAACAAAUGUAAAAGCCAGCAGAAACAACACAAAACUGGAUGACACCUUGUAUUCUCCUAGAAUCAUCUCGUCAGUUACUGCAGAACGUUUUCAGAGUGCCCAUGAAUCUCAUGCCUUCAAUAUGAAUGAUCAGGCCACACCAUAUAUUAGUCAAAAUGAAUCCAUGGUUCAGUCAUCGCCAUGUAUACCAUCUAGAGGUGAUGAUGUUUCUUCUGAUAAGGUGUGCGGAAACUCUAUUGACUCAGUAAGAUCUGCACAGGAUAAAUCUGGCUGUGAUGAUAAACAUGUGGAUCGUAAAUCUGUAAUGACAACGGACAAAAUUUUACCUUCUGUUAUUCCUGCCAACAUGCUUCAAAGUGCUAUAAGUGACAAUGGUGCAGUAAUGAAAAAUAGUGGAGGUGAAUAUUAUGCAUACAACAGAAACCUACCGGGAGGAACAUCAUAUGAAUGGCCUAGUGUAACACCACCUCAUUUUGUAUCUCCUGAAAUGCAACAGCGUCCAGCCGCAGCGGACAGGUUGCAUCUUGAUGUUGGUUACAAAUGGCCAACUCAAUUCAACCAACCCUUUCUUCCUGCCAACCAUCAGUUGAGAAAUCCGCCAAUUGAGGCUGGAUGCAGUCAAGUGUUACCUUCUUUAGCAGUGCCGUUAAGUUUGGAUUGGCCUCCUGUUUUUAGAGGUUAUGGUAAACCGAGUCAGAAUGGUGCUUUAAGUUAUGAUCCAUUGUAUACCCCACAGAUGCAAUCUUCUGCUUGGUCAGGGUUUCCUUCUCAACUAAUGCAAAGAGGCGGUAUUUGCAGUGACAAAGAUAGGAAAUAUUUUGGUGACAGUGAUGCUGGGGAUGAUACUGAAAGCUACUGGUUUUCUGAAGAAGAAUCAGAUGGACGUGCACAUUCUGGAAGAGAUAUUAACCAAUAUUUUGGUGGAGGCCUGAUGUAUUGGAGUCCUGCAGAACAUGCAGGAACUGGUUUUUCUAGGCCACCAUCUCUUAGUUCAGAUGAUAGUGCUUGGGCUUGGCAUGAGGCAGAUGUUCUACGAGUUGUUGAUGACGUGGCUAAUGCGAUUCCAUCUACAUAUGCAAAUGGUGUAUCAUCACCUCCCUCUACUCCAUCCUGUUAUCAAAAUGAAUCUUUGGAUCCUAUUGCUCACUCAAUAACAGGGAAUGACACCAAUAAUGAAGCUUUGCACUCUCCAUCUUCCAUGCAAGAUAGUCCUGAAGAUAAAACUACUUCAGUUGCAAAGAGUUCGUCUUGUGGCAGUGAAGUAGUUAAGGGAGAUACAUUGCCAUAUGCGAUGCUGCGGCCGAUAGUUGUUCCUAAUAUAUCACGGAGGUCAUCAAGAUCUGACUUUAAGGGUGGUCAUGAUCACAGGAGCCCAUGUGUGCCUUCAACCAGGAGGGACAUACCUCUUCCAAGAAGACCUCCAUCACCAGUAGUACUUAGUGUUCCUCACGUGCCUCGGUUACCACCUCCUUCUCCUGCUGGAGUGUCAAGAAAACGAGGAUUCCCGAUUGUUAGAUCCGGCAGCUCAAGUCCUAGACAUUGGGGGAUGAGAAGUUUAUUUUCGGAAGAUAAAAUUUUCCAUAGGCCUCAGUUUUGCUUGGAUGGUCCUGAAGUUGUAUGGCCUUCAUGGGGAAACAAGGGUGCUUCUGCUGCUACACUGGUGCAAUCAAUUGAGGAUACUGUUUUGCAGGACCACCUUGUUAAGAUUUCACAGCUAUCUCGUGAUCAACAUCCAGAUGUGGCAUUGCCUGUGCAUCCACCAGAUAUGCUAAAUGGUUCAUCUCACAAGGCAUCCUUCUCUUUGAUGCACAAUGCUCUACACGAAGAGAUAGAUCAAUUCUGUAAGCAGGUUGCUGCUGGUAAUCUGGGGAGGAGGCCCUAUAUAAAUUGGGCUGUCAAAAGAGUCACACGGUGCUUGCAGGUUCUCUGGCCUCGCUCUCGCACAAAUCUAUUUGGCUCAAAUGCCACUGGUUUGGCUCUUCCAACUAGUGAUGUUGAUCUUGUGGUUUCUCUUCCCCCAGUUCGAAACCUGGAGCCUAUUAAAGAAGCUGGAAUUUUGGAAGGCCGGAAUGGCAUCAAGGAAACAUGUCUACAGCAUGCGGCAAGGUGUCUUACAAACCAAGACUGGGUUAGGAGUGAUUCCCUCAAAACGGUUGAAAAUACAGCUAUACCUUUGAUCAUGCUUGUAGCGGAUGUACCUUGUGACACAAAUAUGUCCAGUGAGUAUUCUUCCAUUCUGGAUAGCUCACAAGAAUAUUCAGUUAAUGUGCUUGGAGAACAAGGGAGCCCUCCGCGAUCUGAUACCUCUAGUUCGGAAGGCAGCAACAUGCAGGUGUGCUCAAAAAUGAAUAAGGACGAUUCGGAUAUUGUGCAGUCAAUUUGUCUUGAUAUAAGUUUCAAAUCGCCAUCCCACACAGGACUGCAGACUACUGAGUUGGUCCGUGAGUUGACUCAACAAUUUCCAGCGGUUUUACCUCUUGCCUUAAUUCUGAAGAAGUUUUUGGCUGACCGGAGUUUGGACCACCCCUAUUCAGGUGGCCUAAGCUCUUACUGUUUGGUGCUGUUAAUUGUUCGUUUUCUCCAGCAUGAGCAUCAUCUUGGUCGGCCUAUUAAUCAAAAUCUGGGCAGCCUUUUGAUGGAUUUCUUGUACUUUUUUGGGAACAUAUUUGAUCCACGCCAUAUGCGUAUAUCCAUCCAAGGGAGUGGAAUUUAUUUGAAUCGAGAAAGAGGGCACAGCAUUGAUCCAAUUCACAUUGACGAUCCACUUUGUCCAGCAAACAAUGUGGGCAGGAAUUGUUUCCGCAUUCACCAAUGUAUCAAGGCUUUCGCUGAUGCUUUUGCUGUUCUAGAGAAUGAGCUACUGCAGUUCAGUGCAGAAUGUAGCAUGCCUGCCUCAUCAUUCAAUAUACUAAAGAAAAUAAUCCCAAGUAUUGAUUCUGAUGACUUGUAGCAAUAAAAAGAGCAUAGGGUUCCACACACUACAUCUGAUGUUGAGUUGGAAUGACCAUCCUUCUAGAUUAUCUGAUUGCUAUGCAUUUGUUGAGAAAGAAGCCUACAUUUGGAAUGGACGAAAAAGUAGAUCUGCACCGUGGCCACAUUCAAGGUGUAUUAGCGCAGGUGUGUCCAAGGUAUGAUGCAAGAUGCCUUGCUCCCUGAUGUAGCUUCUGGAUGCAGAGACCUCUCUCUAAUCGAGGUGGAUUGGGUUACCCAAGAGCACGGUGGUGCUGCAUACAGAAGGUACAUACAUGGAUGGCUCUUCAUACUGCCUUUGUGAAGUGAUCUUAUUCAUCUAAUACUUGUGAGAUUAUUUCGAAGCAGAAACAGAAGGAUGCACUGCUGGUCAGACCCUUAAUGUCACGGAAGGAGCAGAAUAGCAGAUCUUUUGGAACUGGUGGAACAUUUCUCUACCACAGCUUCUACGAGUUCUCUGAAGCACUUGGUGUUGAUGAAAAUCAGGAUAUUCAUAUGGAGGGGCCCUGGUAUGGAGCGACAAGGUCAUAGUACUUUGGGAGUGGAAGAACUCAAGAUCAGCUCAUUGAAGAGGAAUCGAGGAUUUCUAUGAAAAAAGCUGCUCCCAUUUGUAGUUGCGUCGGUGGUGUGCAUGGGCAGUCUGGCCCUGUGAAAAAUUUAUCGCCGAAAAAAAAUCGAUAAACCCGAUAAUCCUAUUUAUCGGCAAAGGCCGGUAAAUUUACUUAUCGGCCAAAAAUUCUGGUAAUUUUUGAAUUUAGCGUCUUUUGAUUUCCGGAUUCAACAUGCGAGUAACAAAACGUCGGUCCGCAGGUCGCAGACCGUCAUAUCACCUCUCCAAUCUUAAUUCAUUUAUGUAUUAUUUUUUAUGUUAAAUGAUUUGGAUGCAAUCUAUGUGAUUUUUUAAGAUAAAUUGAGCCUUUUUUCAAAUUUUGUUCAAAAUUUUUUACGUAUCACCGAUAGAAUUCCGAUAAAUCCGAUAAUCCUGUUUAUCGUUAACCUCUAAUAUUUUUUUUUAUCGAUAAAUUUUUUCUUGGUCUGGCCCCUGAUGUGAUGUUGGAAGCAGCGCUAGUGUAACGGCCGCUCCUGAAGAUUGUAGUGCUGAGAACCAACUGGCAAGUGGGAACGAGAGACAAAACGGAAAGAUUUUUCCUUGGAUACCGCCAAUGGUAAGCGGAAGGAACUGUGGCGGUGAUGAUCAUCGCAGACCGAAAUUUGAGCUACUGCUCAUGUAAUGUUGGACUAAUUUUUUCAUGAAAACAUUGUUGUGUUGCUGCCUUGUAAGGAUUUUUUUCCCUAGGGUUAGUAACUUAGGGCAUGUUAAGGAGGGCUUUAGCUUCAAACUUCACCCUGGAUCUGGACAGAGCCCUUCCAAA